GCCAAAUUGGACUUUCAUUGCUCACCUGUUGCAAUUGAACCUGUUGCAAUUGACUCAUCAAGAACGUCGACCACUACUACAGCUUCAGCUUCUCUUGGUGCUGGAGGUGGUGCUCAUAGUGGUGCUGGUAUUGCUAGUAAUCAGACUGAAACCGGGAAAACAAUAGACUCCAUCUCUGGAUCUAGCACUACGAUUACGGAUGAUAUGGUAACAAGAACAGCAGUCACAAGUACAACUACUUCUAAAGCGUUUACUUCUCUCCGUUCACCUGGUGCAUUGCAGCAGCUAGCGGCAAUGGGUGCUUUCUCUUCGUCAA